GCGUUUCUGCCGCCACCUAUUUAUAAACUUCAAGCCAAGCCAAGUCGGUUUUAAGCGGCUAUAUGGAAAACGUGCGCAGAACUCGCCGUUGAUUGCGCGCAAAUUCGUGUAGCGUAGCUCAAGCCGGCGAAACCAGAUAACACCUCUUGAGGUGGAAAGUAAGUUGACAACUCAGUUGAAAGCUGCCCUUGAAAGUAUUCCGCCCUUAUCUCAAGAUUGGGAUUGACCUUUCACCAAUCUACCAUAUCUCUAAGCUGCGUCUCCGCUCACGAAAACGGGCGACUGACUUUUAUGCCUGUAUCGCAAGGACAUCCCGGGUCUGCUUUUAAAAAAGCCUGGUCAUGGUGUCUUCAAUUCUGAGAGCACCCCAACUUGGUGUCAUUGCACUCACAGCCACAGUUGCAGGUGGGGCUAUCGCGGCAGCAUCUUAUGUUUGGCUCAAGCGCAAGGUAGCUGCCAGUAACUUUGUGCCUGUGGCUUAUCUGGUGAACAUUACCAUCUACCCUAUCAAGUCCCUGCCUGGUGUAGAGGUGCCAUAUGCUGACUGCACUGUGGCUGGGCCAGUCUACAAGGGACUGAAAGACAGGCAAAUGCUCCUUGUAAAAGAAGACUACUUUGUUUCAAUGCGUGAAGAGCCCUGUCUUGGCACGAUUAAUGUAGCCUUUGAUGAAGACAAGCUGACCUUGACGCUGACGGCAAACGGCUAUCCGCCUCUGGUGAUUGAUAUGCAAGACACAGAGGACCAAAGGAAGUCUUCAUUCACUGUCAGGGUCCGGAAGAACAGUUACAAGGCUACGGAAGUGUCGCAAGAAGCUUCCCAAUGGUUUAAGAACUUCCUCAACUGUGAUAGCAUUCGGCUUGUAAGAAUCAUUUUGGACGAGGAGACCAUUAAUCGAGGAAGGGAUGGCACUGCUUCGGUUGCCUUCCAAGAUCGGUCAUCAUUUCAAGUCCUCUCAAAGCCGUCUCUUGAUGAGCUAGUGUCCAGGCUGCCUCCAGGUAGCGACAUCAGACAGCGCAAUUUUCGGCCCUCUCUUUUUGUUGACGGCUGUGAAGCCCACUCAGAGGACCACUGGGCUCGUUACAGGAUCGGGGAUGCAGAAAUGGCUUUUUUGGAGCGCACAAGAAGGUGUGUGAUGACUACAGUUGAUCAAGACACUGGUAUCAAGACUGCAAAGGAACCUCUUGUGACAUUGCGCAAGUACAGAGUUGACAUGUCUAGGCGAGGGAUUGAAAGGUACGAGUAUCUUCCAUUGCUCGGUAUUGGCUCAAUUCAUGUUAAAGAUGGCAGAAUUGCACCUGGAGAUGAGAUCUGUGCUGUCGUAUCUCCAAAGCCACUUCUCUAAGACGAGGUGGCUGCAUGAUACCUGGCACCCAGCAAACUUCACUGUUUUGGCAACUCACUUGUAUUUGAGCUUUCUGGCAUUAAUUUAAUUCAGUUCUUGCUGUUUUGUUUGUGCAAGCAUUUUGUGCUCAAUUGGGCUAUGGUGGCAGUUCAUUAGGUUUCCUGUAUAAAUAGGCAUCUUUGUAUAAGCUGUUCAAUAUUAGUGUCUUGACAUUAGCACUUCAGUAUUUGUUCCUGAUUUUUUUAUAUGUAGCCUUGCUAAAAAAAUAUAUAUAUAUGGAAAAAUAUAUGGAAAUAUAUAUAUGAAAAA